AUGGACUACGCAUAUCGAAUGCUCAAAAAUGUGAAAUACUUUUACAAUUCAAUCAAUCCGGCCACUCUUUCAGGUAGGAACUUUCCCGAGUUUCUCUAAAAGACUUUUGCGACUUGAAAAACUGUUAUUGAUGCAAAUGCUUUUAAUAUUUCAAAAAAAUAUAUAUAUUCAAACAAUAUCCGAUGAUUAAGGUGCGAUCGACGUGGUAGUGGUGGAGCAGCCGAACGGCGAGUACAAAUCCACGCCGUUCCACGUGCGCUUCGGCAAGUAUGGUGUCUUCAGCUACAGCGACAAAUACGUGGAUAUUGCCGUGAACGGAGAGGAAAUUGAUCUAAAAAUGAAGUUGGCCGACAGUGGAGUCGCCUUUUUCGUUGAGGAAGCUGAUGAUGAAGUGCCCGACUACCUGCUCACUUCUCCGCUUCCAGAACAAGAAACGCCGCAAGGCGGAAGCAGUGGCGUGGGCAGAGUGCUCGCUGAAAGUGCUCGGAAACUCGAAGAGACUCAGAAUCUGCUGGAAAAUAGAGAAGCCGGCGAAAUGGCCGACUUGGCGAAGAGCAGAUCGUCGAGCCCAGACGGAGGAGCACAGGGAACCGCCAGAGAGCCCAAGCAGGAGUAAGUAGUAGAACACGGUCUCCCAGGGCGCUCUUAAACUGCCGAGUGUCGAUACAACUUUGACCAUUUGCAAGUCUACAAAAUGGAGGCUACGCCGACACAGAACUGUGUCGAAUCAGAACCAAUCUGGUUCGGUGUAGCCUCACAAAAUGUUUUUUAUUAUAAAAAUGAGGUCAUAAGAGAAGCCACAACAAAAAUCUUCGUACUAAAUACUAUCGGCAGAUAGAUUCUGAUUUGGGACAGUUUUGAUUCGGGAGAGUCGGGAGAGUAAAUAUUUUUCUAAACGUUCUGCCUUUCCAGACAAUCUCUGAGCCAAGUGCAACGCAAGCAGACUCUUCCAUUCUCGUCUUCCGUCUUCAGUGACCGUCGCUAUCGUUCACUCCCCGAUCUGACUGUUUUGGCUGCAGAAACAUCCGGAUCUUUGGAUACGGAAGAGCUGAAAAAGCAGCCGAAAGAGGACGCGAAACGACGAAAAACGCCGCGCCCAUUCGUGCAUUCGCAUUCGCAGUGCUCCGUUAGUUUGGAAAAGAAAAUGUUCCACAAAUCGAACGAUGAAAUCCUUCAAAGUCUGAGACGCGAAACGCAUGAAAUGGACCGAAAAGUGCCGAUGCGGAAGAAGAGCAGAGUCACCUUCGAGAAGGCUCCCGUUUCUAGGCCCAUUGAUAUCAAAGUGGUAAGAUUUUUCUUACCUUAAAAAUAAACUUGCAAAGUAUUAAGAAAGGGGAUGGAGAAGCUUAUGGGGUUAUUUGAUGUAUGCUUUUUCGCCGCUUUUAUGUUAAAAAUUUUCAGCUAUGUAAAAAAAACAAAAAAAAAUGUAUAUAAAGACCACUUUUCUUGCAGCAAUACACAGAUUCUGACUCGGAGAUGGACUCAUCGGUCAAUUCUAGCCCGUCUCCAUCACUCGUGGAUCAACGCGAAGCGGACCGAAUCGCCGACGGAGCUCUUUCCGAUUCAGAAGUCGACCGUCAGAGAGAUCGGAAUGCGACACCGGAGCCUCAUGACGUCACCGAUUGGAAAUGGGGAGAACUGCCCGAGACGAGGGAGCAGAACAUGCGGAAAAAAGAGGAAGAAGCUGAAAAGGAGGGCGGAUCCACUUCGAAAUGGAGCUGGUUUUGGAGGGGAAGUGCGCCUAUUACCGCCUCGACCGACAAUCACAAACCAAUGGAGGUGGAAGAAGAUCAAGGAAUUCCGUUGGAUGAACUACUCAGUCAGGCGUCCUCUCAUCCUGUAAACAUUGAGAAAUAUCUCGGAAAACCGCCCAGUGUGUGAGUUCUUUUUUUCAGCAUUAAAAAAAGGUGUAGGUUUUAAAACAAUUAACCGCCGACUAUCCAAAAGUUGCAAUUUUCAGUGCGUCCAUCGACAGUGGUCACGUUUCUCGCGGCGUUUCGCAGCCGUCUUCGCCCAUCUCUCAUCACGACGGAGACUAUCCGACACCGACAACCUCUCCGAACGCAAGCGUCAAGGAGGACAAGACACCAACGCGGGAAAGUGUCCGCUUCGCAACCGCCGUUUCACCUUCAAAAGACGCGACCGAUGGAAUCCGUUCGCGUGCCUUGUCUGAUGACAUUUUGUGAGUGAUCUCGAAAAUUAUUAUAUUGCUUCUGCACAAAUCUUGAAACAACGUUGUACCGUUUUCAAACCUCAGCCUUUUAAUCCACGAGCCAGUUGACUCGUUUUGAGGCUACGCCGAACCAGAACCAAUUAGCACUGCAACUAGUUCUGAUUUGGGGGCAGUACCGGGUCGGCGUAGCCUCACAAAAUUUGAUUUAUUAUGAAAAUGCCGCAUUGUCUGCUAAAGAUUAUGUUCUUAAAUAUUUCAGCCCACUCAGUGAAGAUGAACCGGACGAGAGCUUCCGUCCGCAGUACAUGCAAUCCCUGCGUCUCUCGUCGGAGAAGCUCAGAUCCCUAGGACUCGUGCUGGGCGCGAACGAGCUUCGUUUCUCGAUCACCACGAAAUUCCAGGGAACAACGUGGUGCUCGUGUAACAUUUACCUCUACAAGUGGUACGAGCAGCUAGUCAUUUCGGACAUUGACGGCACAAUCACAAAGUCCGACGUGCUCGGACAUGUAAUCCCGGCAAUCGGAGGCACGUGGGCGCACACCGGAGUGGCCGAGCUGUACACAAGGAUCAAGAACAACGGCUACAAGAUGGUCUACCUGUCUUCGAGGGCCAUCGGUCAAAGUCACACCACCAAACAGUACCUGAAGAGUAUUGCUCAGGACUCGAAACAGCUUCCCGAUGGGCCGGUUCUCCUCUCGCCGACUAGUAUUAUUACCGCUUUCCGCAGGUUUGUGAUAGCCGAAAAAAUAGUUCAUCACAGUGGUAGAGUAAAAAGAUAAAUCCAUGCGGGCAUUUUAAGCUAACCCUCUAUUUUUCUUUAGAGAAGUGAUCGAACGUCGUCCGGAGGAGUUCAAAAUUGCGGCCCUUACUGACCUCAAAAAAUUGUUCCCUUCUGGAAAUCCAUUCUACGCCGGCUUUGGAAAUCGCAUCACCGACGUCGUUUCGUACGAGGCAGUAGCCGUUCCGGCCGCCAGAAUACUCAUCAUCGAUCCAUCGGGAAAAGUGAAACGAUCCGAUUCGGUAGGAUUAGAACUCAGCUACAAGUCGAUGGCCACCGACACGGUCGACUACAUGUUCCCACCGCUUUCUGUUCAGUGAGUCAAGUUACAAACCAAUUUCAAAUAUUGUUUUGCCGUUUUUCAUUUCUAUCGGUGAUAUUUUUCAAUUCUUAAAUAUUUGCAGUGUGAAAGACGACGCCCGCAAGACAGAAAGGCUGACGUCGGCGUGGAGCAAACCGCUGGAGCACAGCAACUUUACGCACUGGCAUGUGGAACCGAAUGACGUGAUUGACGAGGAGCUUCGUACAUACGAAGAGGAACGAAAGAAGUUGAUGUCAACGAAAAAGAAAUGA